UUCCUCUCCUUGCUCACCAGUAGUCACCGCCGCGCCGCCCCAAACCCUCAUCCGUGACCCUCCUCUCGAACCUUCCAGAACCUUCCACCCCGCCAUGGCGGCCUCCGCCGCGGCCCACGAAGGAUCCGUGCGCAGGAGUACGGCGUACGCGAGGGCGGAGCUCAAGGCGCUCAGGGGCGCCCCGUCGGAGGAGGCGCAGGCGCGGCUGUGGGGCGGGGUCCGCGCCGCCCUCGCCGCCGCCGGCUUCUCUGGCGAGUACGACGGUCUCCUCGCUGAAGAUGAGGAGCCUAGGAGCAGGAGGGGGAACAAGGGGAGGAAGGCCGAGGGCGGUCGGGGGAGGGUCGGGAGGAAGUGGGGCGAAGAGACGGCGGCGGCGGCACCCCGGUUCUCUGGCGUGCCUGAGAUUGGUGCGUGGAGAAAUGGGGAUUUGGGGGUUUCUCAUGAACACUGCUUCGAGGCUGCUGUCCAUGGCCCUGGUGUGGCGUGUGGAGUGGUUCAAGAGCCAUCUGAUCAGGGUGAAGAUGUGGAGUAUGAAUCUGACAGCGAUGAUGACUAUGAUGGCAUUCUGAAACCUGCAUUUGCAGUUGAUGGGGACCCUGAUUUUGAGUCUGGAGAGCCUCUUGAUGGUUUUGAGUAUCUUCGGCGUGUCAGGUGGGAGGCUAAACAAAUUCCUAGAGUGAAGGUUGCCAAGGUAGAUUUAAAUGGAGCUAGAAAGGAGCAAACACCUUAUAUGCCAGAAAUUCCUGACAUACCUAAGUGCUCACCUGAUUUGGGUGCAUCAAAGCAAUGGGAGGAUGCAUUUAUUACCCAUUUUUCUGAGACCAGACUGGUGUUCUCCGAGCAUGACAGCUCUGACGAACCAUCUAUAUCUGGUGGACCGAAAAUCUCCUCAAAACCUGGCAGCAGCACGGAGUCACAGACUGAACCUACACUGACAAUGCUUCGCAACAUGGAUUCUGUUGCUAGAGCUGCGACGCUAAGGAACUACAUAGAUAUGAUUCAGAGUAUGGACUCACUAUCAAGGAAUAACGGCCUGUGGCUCUUUGCACUCUGUGUAGCUGUGGACACUCCCUUGGAUGCGGAGACAUGUGCCUCUCUAAGGUCCUUGCUGCGCAAGUGCGCAACCAUCCUUGCCACAAAGUCGGAGAUGGAUGAUGAGGUGGUAAUGCUGAAUAUACUGAUGGCAAUAUCUGGAAGGUAUUUUGGACAGUAUGAAAAUAGAUGUGACUAGGAGAUUGUGAUAAUGCCAUGGUGAAGCAUUUUUUGUCGCUAUGAGUCCUGUUUGGUAUAAUAUAUUUUAAAUCAUAUAGGUUUGAUGCUUAGGACACUUAAUUCGGUGAAGAAUGACUACGAAAUCCUUCCCUGGCCCUAUUCUAAUGGGCCCGUGGCUGAUGUAGGAAAUGCAUUUGACACGGGCUGCAAGUUCCUGAAACCUCAUGGGCCUGCAAAAUGCUUGGUAUAUGGUUCAUUGUGUUGGACUGUUGGCCUUGCAAAAUUCUUGCUAUAUUCACUUCGGCCUUGUAAAAUUCUUGGUAUAUGGUUCACUGUGUUGGGCUUGUAAGCUCAUGGGCUUGCAAAAUUCC